UUAGAGCGUGAAUUUGAAGGUUGCCGAUGGAGUUCGCAUUCGCUUCAGCGCUCUCUAUCCCCUCGCCGGCAUCGUCACCGCCGGUGCGGCGCCUCCGACUCUUCAAGCCGCAUCCCCGACCUUCUCUUGUGGUUCUUGCUGCCUUUGCCACUCCGGAUGCAGAGCUGGAGAACAAGAAGCAUGCGCUCCUACGAGAAGUGCAGGACACGCAGCGCGGGCUCGUGACAACGGCUGAUCAACGCGUCUCCAUCCAAGAAGCCUUAAUCUCGGUUGAAGCCUAUGGUGCUGGCGCUGCCAUCGACCUGGCGAAGUUGGAUGGCACUUGGCGCUUGAAUUACAGCUCCGCUUCUGAUGUCGUCGUGCUCUUCGAGGCUGCCGACCGCCUUCCCUUCCUGCAGGUUGGUCAAAUUUUCCAGAAGUUUGAAUGCCGGGAUGGAGCUGAUAGAGGGAUUGUAAGGAAUGUAGUUCGAUGGAGCAUCCCUGCCUUUUUGGAGGAACAAGAAGGCGCCACAUUAGUGGUUUCAGCAAAAUUUUCUGUUCUUUCUAAGCGGCACAUAUAUCUUCAAUUCGAAGAAAUUGCUAUUGAAAAUAUAAAAAUCAGUGAAGAACUACAGGCAUUAAUUGCUCCAGCCAUUAUUCCUCGAUCAUUUUUGAGCCUACAGAUCUUGCAGUUCCUUAGAACAUUUAGAGCUCAGGUGCCAGUGAGAAGCCCAGAUAGAAGAUCCCCAGGAGGAUUGUAUUACCUUUCUUACUUAGAUCGGGAUAUGCUCCUUGGGCGAGCUGUUGGAGGUGGGGGUGUUUUUGUUUUCACUCGAUCUCAGCCUUUAACAUGAUGACAAUUGUGCUUUCUUCUCUCAACCAAAGUAUUGGAAAAGGCUAAAUAUUAACCACCGCUUCAGAAGCUAUAGAUAUCAAUCCAAAUAUGAUUCAAGUUACAAGGUAUAAUUAGAAUUUGCACCUGCAAACCACUUUCUUAUCUUGUUGGUGCAAUUUUAUGUAAAUUCUUCCUCUACAUUUUGUAGCAGGCCUUCUUUCGUUGCAAAUGUAUAAUUUUGAUGAAAAUUUCCUUGGCCCCAUCUGGUUUGGUUGUGGUGCUCUUUGAAAACAAUAAUAAAAAUUGAAAGAUUGUUUUUGUGUUUAUUAUCUCUCUGUGAUUGACACACGUGUGUGUGUGUGUGUGUGUGUGUGUGUGUGUGUGUGUGUAGGUUAAUUCAAUUAAAAAAUUAUAAAGAUUGCAACAGAGAGAUUAAGCAGAAAUGAUGAGAGAUUAUAGUUAGUCAUAAUGAGAAGCUGCAUCUAUGUUUCCUUGUAGGCCACGGCUUUCAUUAUGAAAGUAUUAGGGCUUGAGCUUGAUCUUCUUUAGUAAAUUGGGAUAAUUUGGUGAUCUCUAUUCUGUGGUGUGAUCUGUGUGUCAAUUUUAGAAUGAACCAACUAGAAACUGGCUGGUGGCCUUGUGAUAUUCUAGUUCUGAAUUUGUAAUCAUGAUUUUGAAUAGAGCUCGAUCUUCUCUAGUAAAUUGGGAUAAUUUAGUUAUCUCUGUUUUGUGGGGUGGUUUGUGCGUUAGUUUUAGAAUGAACUAAGUAGAAACUGGUGGCCUUGUGAUGCUCUGGUUCUGAUUUUGGAAUCAUGAUUCUGAAUAGGGAGAUGAACUAAAUAGUUCUGCAUUGAAGAGGGAAAAAGAAGAACUUGUGCUUAAAUGUAUAAUUUGGUUUUGAAUAUGUGAGGCAUCUUUUAUAGGAUAAAACUAUGAGAUCUGGCAUGGGACAAGACAAAACAGACAAUGCCUCAUAUAGGUUGGAUCAGACCAUUACAAAUACACUGAGGCAUCUUUUAUAGGAUAAAACUAUGAGAUCUGGCAUGGGACGAGACAAAACAGACAAUGCCUCAUAUAGGUUGGAUCAGAUCAUUACAAAUACACUUUUAUACUCGUCGAGAAUAUCCUAAUACACACAUUACAAAAUAUUUAAAACACCAUAAAUAUAAUUUACGAGAUAUAGAUACAUAAAAUAUGUUUAAACAUUGAAUAUAUGUAUAUAUAUAUAUAUCGAUCUUAGACAAACAUAACUGUUUGUAUUAUCCAUUUAAAUGUAGGGAGUGUUACUGAGUAAUGUUGAAUAAAUCUUAAAUCAUAAAGAUGAGACUCUCACCUUCUGCUUAAAUAUAUGAUCUUAGACAAACAUAACUGUCUGUAUUAUACAUUUGAAUGUAGGAAGUUUAAUUGAAUAAUGUUGUAUAAAUCUUAAAUCAUCAAGAUGAGAGUUUCACCUUGUGCGUAAGUAUGAAAGUUAAGGUGAAUGGCUGAAGAACAAGAAAUUCAGGCACUGAUAGAAGCUCUCAAGUUCAGAUUAAAUGUUUUCAAACAGGCACAAAGUACAAGGCCAGGACAAGCCGAGAUUGGCGAAUGCAACAAAUGCAUUGAACACAUCCACAGGACAUUCUUAUCUCUUAUUUUUGAUGAAUUUAGAGCUCAUUGACAUCAUGGCAAUUGUUCCUUGCAGCUGGUUUCUGGUGGUGGUGGUGGAGGUGGUGGUUGCAGUGGUGGUGGAGAAGGGAAUCUUGGUAAGUUUCCAGUAGGAGGUGGUGGUUGCUGCCCACGUGAUCUCCUAAGGCUGGAUUUGAAACCUCCAAUAACUAGUUGAUCAAGAGGCACUGGCUUCUGGUAAGUAGUAAGAGGAGGACCAACUCUUGCACAAAUACUAGGAGCCAUUGCCAUAACAAGCACAAAAAGCAGAGCAAGCAGCAGCCUCGUUGAUGAUCCUCCCAUCAUCUUGAUUGUGGUGGUGGUAGUGCUGUUGCUGGUGGUGGCGGCGGAGAAGGGAGUGGAUGGAAGUUCCUCAUCAAGUUUCCAGUAGGAGGUGGUGGUGGCGACAUUGACCUUAAACUUGCAGCAACCAUUUGAUCUGGAUGCAGUGGCUUCUGGUAACUUGCAAAUGGAGGACCAACUCUUGCACAAAAAAUAGGAACCAUUGCAACUGUUAUCACAAGUAGGUGAAGCAGCAGCUUUGAUGUUGAUGAUCCUCCCAUCAGAUCAUUGAAUCAUCAAGAGAAAAGGAGGACUCGAUCUUACCUUCAAGAAAUCUGCCUACUGAUGCAAACAUUCUAGUACAUGUUAGCCAUUGAUGAAAGUUACAUAAAGUUAAGUACAUCAAAGGCAUCAACAAGAUACUUAUUUCUUAUUUCUUACUUAUCAUCUUUAGCUUGAUGGUGGUGGUAGUGGUGGUGGUGGUGGAGAAGGGAGCACAUGGAAGUUUUUGCCCAAGUUUCUAGUAGGAGUUGGUGGUGGUGGCAUUGACCUUAAACUUGCAGCAAACAGUUGAUUUGGAUGCAGUGGCUUCUGAUAACUUGGAAAUGGAGGACAAACUCUUGCACAAACACUAGGAGCCAUUGCCAUUGUCAUUGCCAGCACAAGAAGUAGCUGAAACAGAAGCUUUGAUGUUGAUGAUCCUCCCAUUCUGUGAUGUCUUUCUUCCUCUUCCCUCUACUUCUCCAUUGAUAAUAUUCUAUACUUUACACAGCUCAUUGGAUUAGGUUGAGGAUGGCCCCUCCUUUGUAGAUAUAUAUGAGUCUUCCAUUUGUCCUAUUGUUCUGCAAAAUUAGAUUUGGAUUUAAUAUUAGUAGAAUGUUAUUACAAGCUAGAAAUUACUUAAGGAAAUGAUUUGAAUUAAUUCAGGUUUAAUUCAAGCUUGGGUCUGUAUAAUUGAACUAGUGUCUUUGGUCUGUAUCUGGAUCUAUAUAAAUUGAGCCGGAUUGACCCGUUCAUAGCA